AUGUUGGUGUUGUAUAGACCCUUUCCGUUUGAAUCAACUUCUCUUUGUGGCCAAAAGUCGCAAUUCCAGCACCACAGAUUCCAGCCAUAGCACACAUUCAUUCACAAUGGGAGGAGGUCCAGCAUUGACGCGACAGGAAGUCGCCAAACACACUUCCGAAGAAGAUACUUGGCUCAUCAUCGACCACAAGGUCUACGACGUCUCCGAUUUCCUCGAAGCCCACCCCGGAGGCGAAGUCGUCCUUCGUCAAGUCGCCGGUCAGGAUGCCACCGAAGCCUUCUACAACCUUCAUCGCCAGGAGGUUCUCACACAGUAUAAAUCGCUAUGCUUGGGAACAUUAGAUGGCGAGAAGGAGGAGGUUAUCACACCUCAGCCAGGCGACCUGAGCAAGGUCCCUUACGCCGAGCCAUUGUGGUUGAACCCAGUUUUCAAGAGCCCUUACUACAACGAGAGCCACAGGAAAUUGCAGAAGGAAGUGAGGAAAUUCACCGAGCAACACAUCAAGCCCGAGGCCAGAGAAAAGGAGGAAGAUGGAACCACGAUAUCGCAAGAGCUGAUCGACAAGAUGGCUGCAAACAACCUUCUGGCGUGUCGACUGGGGCCUGGUAAACAUUUGGUCGGCAGAGAGUUGUUCGGUGGUGCAGUCAAGGGAGAAGAUUUCGAUUACUUCCACGACUUGAUCGUCACCCAGGAAAUCGUGAGGACGAACAUGCGAGGCUUCCAGGAUGGAAACAUGGCCGGUAUGACCAUCUCUUUGACUGCUGUACAUCAGUGGUGUAAGGAUGAUGAACUCAGGGAGAGAGUUUCGAAGGAGGUGCUUUCAGGAAAGAAGAAGAUCUGUCUUGCUGUCACUGAGGCAUUCGCCGGAAGUGACGUGGCAGGUUUGAGGACGACAUGUGAGUUGAGCGAGGAUGGACAGCACUACAUCGUCAAUGGCACGAAGAAGUGGAUCACCAACGGCGUUUUCUGCGACUACUUUGUCACUGCUUGCAAGUCGGACAAGGGCUACACUGUGCUGCUCGUCGAGCGAGACGACAAUGUCGACACCAAGCUGAUCAAGACUUCGUACUCGACUGCUGCCGGAACGACUUACAUCGAAUUCAACAACGUGAAGGUACCAAAGAGGAACAUCCUCGGACCUGAGCACGCCGGAUUCCAAGUCAUCAUGGCCAACUUCAACCACGAGCGCUUCAUGAUGUGCGCCAUGGUCUCCCGCUGGUCUCGCACCGUUCUCGAAGAGUGCCUCAAAUGGGGACACCAGCGUAUCGUCUUUGGCAAGCCUCUCAUCCAGCAGCCAGUCAUCAGAGGCAAAAUUGCAGCCAUGAUCGCCAAAGUCGAAGCCUGCCAAUCCUGGAUCGAGUCUAUCACAUAUCAAAUGACCAAGAUGUCUUAUGCGGAGCAGUCCAAGCAGCUCAGCGGCCCUAUCGCACUCUGCAAGUUCUACUGCACGCGGUGCGCUCACGAGAUCGCGGACGAUGCCACGAAUAUUUUCGGUGGAAGAGGUAUCACCAGGGGCGGAAUGGGAAGCGUAGUUGAGAUGUUCAACCGAACGAAUAAGUUUGAUGCCAUUUUGGGUGGUGCUGAGGAGGUUCUGGCUGAUCUGGGUGUGAGGCAGGCAAUGAAGUUUAUGCCAAAGGGAGCGAAAUUGUAAACUCGAAUGUUUUGUCUAACUCUACUUGCAGCAUCACU